AUGCACCCUUCCAAAGUGUUCUCGAUGGGUGCACAGCAUGGCACAGUGAUUCCAAAGCCCGGCCGCCACGGACCCCCGGUGUCUUCUGAACCAAUUGAUCUGGUAGUAUCCGUGUCUAGUGAGGGCUCGCGACUCAGUCGGCCAGCCAGGCCACAGCUCAGUCGGUCAGUCAAGGAUCAUCAGGGCGCCCAACAUCGAGGUUCAACGGUCCAUGUCUGCAUGUGGUGCUCUCUGGGGGCGCUAAGUCGUUUCCAGGCUUCUGUGCACUGUGUGCUGCGCCAACAGCCACCAGCACUUCCACCACCAGAACAGAACCGCCAGCCUCGAGUCAACCUCGACGUUCCUGUCCCCUCAUCCCUGCCAUCUGUCCCAAGCCGUAACCAUGGCCAACCACCCAUGUUCCAUUUUCAGCAACAUCUCGCUGAUAAAGCGAAACAUCAAAGGUAUUUGAGCAUUUGA